GCCGAUACGAGUGCUAAUCAGUUUGUGGUGAACGUCAACCACGUGAUGACCCCGAGUCGACUGCGCCUAUUGCUGUACACACUAUUACCUAAAUAUAUCCUGAGCGCCCUGGGAGUCAAACACCCGGUGCGAGACUCGGCCAAUGAGUACAUCAUUUCGAUGACCCGUCAUAUAAUUGCUGAGAGAAAGCGAAAUACGAGUAAUAAUUACAACGAUUUCAUAGACUUAGCCAUAAAUGCGGAAAAUAAUAACACAGAGGGUGACAGUCAGGGCACUCGAGACCAUCAUAUAAGUGGCGGUUCAAAUGGUGUUAAGAAAGGCAUCAAAAGAGGGGACAGUUAUAUGUCUGAAGACGAGGCGUUGGCCAACAGUUGGAUAUUUCUGAACACU